AUGUGGUCACCUAUCUCGUCCAGCUCGCCGUCGGGAGUGCAGCAUGAUAGCUCAUCGCGCACCUCUAUCGCGCAAAUCGUCGGGACGAAAGAGUGGAAGGAUGUCACCGUAAAUUUGUACUUCCUCGGGAGGAUGCUUGAACAGGCCGACCUCACGACCUUGAGUCCGGAUGACUUCGCCGCCGAACUGCUCUGGGAGGACCAUCAGGUUUAA